CCUUCAUGCGGCGGAAUCCUCCCUGCGUCGAGGGAGGAGAAGACGAUAACGAAGAAACAUCCCUAGGUGGCAGAACAUAUGAGUUCUUUGCUCAAUAUGUGCUCUAAUCAUUAGUUUAACUGCCCUCUCUUCGCCACUCUGCUUCACCUGCACCCAGUCGAAGUACCAGACCCUCCCCUUUCUCCCUUCGCUGAACGAUGCCUUCCGACGAUUCUCUGUCGCAGUCGGACGACGAAUUGUUCAACCCAAACUACAAGCCUGCUCACGAGACGGUCGAGACACUUCCACUCUACAGACCCAAUAUGAGUGAUGCCGACUCCGACAUCGAGACCUUGGGGAUCCUACCUGUCCACCCCGGUGCAAAAUCUCAAAAUGUGAACUCGAUCCGACAGACACAGCCAACUCAAAUCAUUGAUCGAACUGCUACAACUAUGUCUUCCUCUCCUCUCAAGCCUGGCGUCGUCCAGGUCGCUGCUUCCUCUCCGAUGACUGCCCCCAAUCCGCAACGGAAACCCACUGGGAUCCUGGCAAGCGCUAUGGCACCCGCAGGCACGAUGUUCAGGAAACCAUAUGUUGCGCCUCAGCCUCGUCCCGUCCCCAUAACAAUCGACAGCGACGACGAUGGGCCCGCUUACCGGGGAGGGUCAUCGGACGAUGAUAGUCAUGGCGUUCGAUCAAAUGAUAUCAAGACAUCUACAUUUGUGCGGAAGAAGAAGUCACCAGGAACGAUUCCGGAAUCUCCACAGGCCGCCCAAAAUAGCGCUCUGAAUCGCUUUAUGGAAAUUACUGCUCGGUCCAUGUUCAGAGGCUCUCCAAACUCAAUGUCGUCUGCAGGAUCGAACGGGGUGAAACGCUCUGCAGAUGUCAAUGCGAACGCCUACGGUAGCGUUUCAAAGAGACCUCGCCAGACUGGACCUGCACGUGCACUACCCGUAACAUCGUCGCCACCGGCGCAGCAGCAAGAAGAGAUGGAGCUUGAUGAUAUCAGUGACUAUGGCACGAGACGGAAGGUGAACCGACUAAUGUCCAUGCUGCGUGCGGUGACGGUGAGAGAAUGUUACGAAGCCCUGAUGACGAAGAAAGGAAAUUAUGAUGAUGCCGUCGAUGUGCUGCUCGUGAGGAGUGAGAAACGACAAUCUCAGAGCAAGAACAGUGCCGUUGAUUUGACUGGUUCGGACGACGAGCUGAUGCCAACUCCUGCGGCUAGCAGACCUGUACCUCAACACACGAGUGUGGGAAGGCAGCAGGCCAAGGUACCGCAGAAGAGCAUCACAGAGAAAUGGAGCUCUACUCAAAAUAUGCGAAAGCCGCCUAAGACAAUAGACGUUUUCGAAACCCCGCCUCCGAAGAAGAAACGAACCUUGGUCCGUGGUAGGAAACAUUCCUCUUCACCUCAGCCUGUGCCAGAAGGGGCUGUACAAAAGCCAAAACGAGUGGUCGCCAUACAGUCGGACGAGUCUGAUGCAGGGGGCUUAGCGGUCACAUCGGACGACGAGAACAGAACAGGCUUCCAAAGUCGUGUCCUUGAUCUGUUCAACACUUGUUCUGCAGCAGAUUUGGCUGAUAUUGCUUCCAUCAACCGCGACCUCGCCGAGCAUUUCUUGUCCAAACGACCGUUCAAGAAUCUGAUGGCCAUCAGACAAAUUGAGGAUCCGAAAUUGAAGCCUACCAAGACGAAGCGAAAGACGGCUCCUAUCGGUGACAGGAUCGUCGACAAGGUCGAGGAUAUGCUUGAAAGCUACGAGGCUGUUGACUACCUUGUCAAGAAGUGUCAGACUCUUGCUAAACCAUUAUCUGAUGAGAUGAGGAGUUGGGGGGUUAAUGUUACCGGCUCUCAAGAGGGAGAAUUGGACAUAGCUUCUCUGCAAGCGCCACUUCCUAGCCACGAUUCUGGUAUUGGUACACCCGUAAGUGACGAGGAAGACAUAAAGCGUUCCGGGCAGAAGAGAUUCAUCGGUCAGCCUUCAAUCAUGGCCGAUGACAUACAAAUGAAGGACUAUCAAGUGGUCGGCCUCAAUUGGUUAAGUCUACUCUACAAGAAGGGACUAAGUUGCAUUCUAGCUGAUGACAUGGGACUGGGAAAGACCUGUCAAGUCAUCGCCUUCCUGGCCCAUCUUUUUGAGCAAGGAAAGAUGGGACCUCACCUUGUCGUGGUGCCUGCCGCGACAUUAGAAAACUGGCUCAAGGAGUUUCAACGGUUUUGCCCGGCACUGAACGUCGAACCGUACUACGCGACAAAUCCCACGGAACGGCUGACGUUGAGGGAAUUUCUUGACGACAACCGCGAAGACGUCAACGUCAUUGUCACCACCUAUACUAUAGCCAAGGGCAAAGACGAUGCCCCGUGGUUGAGGAGCUUCGGAUUUGACUGCACAAUCUACGAUGAGGGUCAUGUGCUAAAGAAUGCCGAUUCUCAAGUUGCCAGCAAACUCGUCAGAAUUCAGUGUAAUUUUCGCCUUUUGCUGACGGGAACCCCAUUGCAGAACAACUUGAAGGAGCUCAUCUCGCUGCUCGCGUUCCUGAUGCCAGCUCUCUUCCGAGAGAAGGCGGAAGCGCUUAAGAACAUUUUCACCCACAACUUCAAAGCUCUGGACAACAAUCACGAGAUGCUUCUUUCUGCGCAAAGGAUUCAACGUGCGAAAAGCAUGCUCACUCCGUUCAUUUUGAGACGGAAGAAGUAUCAAGUCCUUAAGGAUUUGCCCAAGAAGGAGCGAAGGGUGGAAUUCUGCGACUUGAGCCCUGAACAAUCCGAAAUCUAUCAAAUGUGGCUUGAUAAGGCCUAUGAGAUCCGCGCGAGGCGGGAAAGAGGGGAAAAUGUGAGCCAGGAAUCUACGAACAUCCUGAUCAAACUAAGGCUCGCCGCCAUUCACCCCUUCCUCUUCCGGCGGCUCUAUCCAGACAAGCAGCUGCCUGUUAUUGCAAAACAGUGUUUGAAGGUGGACCUAUGGCGCGAGUCAAAUCCCGAUCUUAUUGUCACCGAACUUGUUGAGUAUAGCGAUAUGGAAAUCCAUACGUUGUGCGAUAAGCAUACUCAGCUUCGGCGCUUCGCACUUAACGGUGAUGAGUGGCGCGCGAGCGGCAAAAUCGAGAAGAUGAUUGAACUUUUGCGCAAGUUUAUUUCCGAAGGCCACAGGACAUUGAUCUUUAGUCAGUUUGUCAUGGUGCUCGAUAUUCUCGAGUUGGCCCUGGAACGAGAGGGUAUCAGCUCUUUCCGGCUUGAUGGUGCCACCAAAGUGUCAGAACGACAAGACCUGAUUGAUGAGUUCUCUGCCGAUGACAAUGAUACGCCUGUCUUCAUGCUCAGCACCAAAGCAGGUGGAGCCGGUAUCAAUCUCGCCAAAGCGAACAAAGUCAUCAUCUUCGACAGUGGCUUUAACCCGCAAGAUGACAUCCAGGCCGAGAACCGAGCACACCGCAUUGGGCAAGAGAAAGAUGUUGAAGUCAUUAGGUUGAUCUCUCGGGGCACCGUGGAAGAGCAGAUCUAUGCCAUGGGUCUGACGAAGCUCAAGCUUGACGAACAAGUCGCUGGUGAUGGGGAAGAACAGCCUCCGAGGAAGGAGAACGAAGAAUCAGAAAAGGAAGUAGAGGGCCGGAUGAUGGUCGAGGACAUGUUCUUCAAGAAGAUCGAUGUCGAACCCCUCGAGCAGGUCAAGGCUGAGGUCUCUAGCCCCAUCAAGCAAAGGUCGGACCGGCGCUCACCGAGCCUAGAGCGAGAGGAUUUGGAUGUUGAGGGCCAGGCAGCCCGCCGUGGACGAAAGGGGAGUGUUGACUUGCCAAAUCGUACAAGAGUUCGCCGAGCCAAAACGAAAGUCGAAGAUUGAGCUGGAGGAAAUGCCGUCAGAAGUGAGCCUGUUGGAUAUCUUGAAGACUCCGCUAAUGGGACCAACUUUUGGAGAGAUUGUUUCAUGGUUAAACUGUUGGACAAACGACUCUUUUACGAGCUGAAAGAAGGGCGGUCACUUGUGAAAGCUGAGGGUGCACAAAAACGCCUGAUGAAUCUCAGGUAAACUUCACAAACGCAUCCUUCACUGGAAUGCGCGAAUCAACAAUGCAAAUGCAAUACGUCCAUUCAAUACCGGUCGGUCGGAG